CUCCGGAUGUGAUUCGUAAUCCCAUCUCUAAUUCUAACACAUACGCGCGUCUCGAGGGACGCGCAAUCAUUGCUUUAUUUUCUCCACCAUCUCAGUCUCUUUCAAUAUUUUACCCCCAACAAUCAAACUACAAUGCCAUCGUCUUCAACUCGAGCCACACACAAACCAGAACAAGACGGCCCAUUGCUCGCUAUUGGCAAGCAAUGUUCGCAUCCUACAUGCCAUUUAGUAGACUUUCUGCCUUUCAAAUGCCAGCACUGUCAGGAAUCUUUCUGUCAAGACCACUACAAAGUCGCCGAGCAUUCAUGCCCGAAUUACGAUGAGAGUAAACACAACAGGAUUGCCCCUAACUGUCCACUCUGUAACGAACCUGUCGCAAUUCGUCCCGGUACAGAUCCGAAUGUCAGAAUGGAAGCCCAUUUUGCCACGGAAUGUUCAGUAAUGACGGGACACGUAGCCAAGAAGUCCACGCCGAUCUGUGCGCAGAGAAAAUGCGGAAAGGUCUUGUUUGCUCCAAUACACUGUGAUAAAUGUAGGAAGUCCUUUUGUCCUUCGCAUCGAUUUCCCGGUGACCAUGCAUGUAACACGACACAUCCUGCGCGCUCAAGUGCACCUGCCAAUGCUCACCCGUUCACGCUCAACGUCAAAGCUGCUUCUCAUGCGGCCUCUUCAACCGUUGGCGCGAUUAAGAAGACGAUGUCUUCAAACACAAAUGCUUCAGUGGCCGCUCCCUCUCAAGUUCCAGUUCCGACCUCCAAAUCGGUUCCCCCAAUGCCUAAUCCAUUUUCCAAAGUUGACAGUUCUCCACGCUCUUCCAAUAACGAAUCUAAUGCUAUUAUUUCUACAACUCCUUAUAAUGCGACAAUAAAACCAAAACCUACCAUCCGUUCUAAUUCAUACGUCCCUCCACCAAUCUUUUCAUUGGCUUAAUGUCGUCGGCAUCACAUUGUAUCCAUCAUUCAUCAUUUUUGUAUCUAACGCUAUCAAAGACGGGCGAAAUUAGAACGAGAGAGCAUGCGCAGAGCUUUGCAAGAGCGAGCUAAGAAGGGGUUGCUCACUGAAGAAGAGAAGUUGAGGCUGGCUUCUCAGGAAGCGGAAGAGGCACAGGAGAGAGGGAAGAGAGGAGAUUGUGUAUUGAUGUAGAACUGUGUCUAUGUUGGACCUUUCAAUCUAUUAACCUUACCUUGCUAUUGGCGGGUGUUAUCUUUUGAUAGAAGGUCCCACCUUUAUCACCAGCAUGGUAAGCGUGUCUGCAGAGCGCAUGAGGGUUCACGGUCAACCUGGAUCUCAAGGCACGGCAUCAUUCAACAGCUCCAGAGGCU